AUGUGCAAUUCCUGGCUGCUACUCAUAAUUGCGCUCACUGUUGUCUGCCUGUGGAACUCGCAACAAACCGAAACAUCCAAAUCAUGCCCAGCCGAGUGCAUCUGCUUGUCCCAGACUCAAGUGCUGUGUAACACUGGCGGCUUGGAGCAAAUUCCACUUCGACAAUUGCCCACAACAGUGGAGAAUUUGGCGCUCACAAAAAACAACUUCCCCAUCAUCAAGCCGGACUCGUUCGCCGGCCUGAGAGCUCUCAAGAAACUAUCGCUGGAUGGCAAUAAUAUAACGCGCAUCAAGCAGUUUGCCUUCCGAGGCCUGCCACGCCUCAAGGAGCUCUCCAUACAGUAUACACCGCUGCAGACAGUGGCGCAGUUUGCGUUUGCGGGUCUCCAAAAUCUUUCGACCAUACUGCUCAGCCACAACCAGAUCCAGCGCAUCGAGGGUAAUGCCUUUGCGGGCACCUCCAACGUAAAGCUUAUAUUGCUGACGAACAAUCCGUUGAUACGCAUCGAUAGCUCGGCCUUCUCCAGUCUCACCAAUGUCGGUCAUCUCAUAUUGCCCUCUGGGAUACGCACGAUCGAGCAGGAUGCCUUCUUUGGCAUGGAUGCGGUCGGCUUGCUGAAGCUGGCCUACAUGGACCUCAAGGAGAUCUCGCCGUUCACCUUUCGCGGCCUUUCCAAUGUCCUGCUGCUGACACUGCAGGAGUCCGACUUGGGCAUCAUCUGUGCCGAUGCCUUCACGGGUCUAACCCAGGUGGAGACGCUACAGAUACUCAACAACAAGAUCGACUCCAUUGAGGAGCUCAACUUCACCAACACAGCGGCCAUCAAACAUCUCAAGUUCCACGGCAAUCAUGUGCUCGAGACCCCAGAUCCUAAUGCCAUCAUUGUUGAUGGCGUCGAUCAUCUCCAGCUGCUGAACAACCACUUCCCCUGUGGCUGCCACAUCCACACCCUGCUGGACGGGCCGUUGGCCGAAGGCGCCCACAAUCUGAGCGAGUUCCUCCAACGGAAUUAUUGCAUCUCGCCGCUCGAGGUGAAUGGUCGGGUGAUGAGCGAGCUGGACAUAGAUACGAUCGGUCGCUGCUCGGAUCAGCUAACGAAGGGCAACCUCGGCUCCUCCGCGGCCACACUGGCCCUGGGCGUCAACGCCAUGCUCCUCAUCGCCGUCGCCAGCUGUGCAGAGUGGCGUUAUGUGCGUCUGUUGGGUGUACGUCUCGCCCAGCUCUUGGGCCAUGUAGCAUGGCGACGUCGUCGGAAACGCCGUCGACGCGACUCCCAUCUAAUCACACACUAA